AGGCUCAGCGGCUCGCGGUGGAGAAGGAGAGAGUGCGCGCCUCGGCAAGAGGCACUAACGGUCUGUUCUUGUAGAAAAAACGAGAAUAUAUCAGCUAUUACAUGGCUAAAUUGGUUUUAUUCGACGUCCAGACAAGUAUCCAUUCGGGACCGCGGCUCUGACACUCUGACAACAACAGGCGAAGUGAAUAUCUGCAGCUCUCAGUGGUUGGAGUUUGCCGGGGUUUUUCUUUUUUUUUUUUUUUUUUUUUUAAAGGGUUUCAUAGCCGUAUCGUGCUUGUAGGCGCGUGAGUGCCGGUAUUGUCGUUUCCUUUGGUGCCGUUUUUUUUUUUUUUUUUUUUUUUUUGCUUACCGGUGACAAGUGACACUCGUACGUUCUUUUUCCGGAGACUAAACGGCCCGUUCUGUCUCUUCUCCGGUUUACCCGGUGUCCCUUUCAGCGCCGGGCCGCCUGCACACUCACCCCGGCGACGACACAGCUUCCUCCUUGGUAGAGCCCGGAACACACAGUCCUUCCAAAAUACCUGCCGUGUUUACAGCGAUCAUAAAAACGGGAGUUUCAAAGUGGAAAGACGGAAGAGAGACACGUGGAUCUGUGAACUGGUGAUAUAGACACACGGAGCUGUCAUUCAGCAUAUCAACGAGGCAGAGCAGAAUCAUCCCAUUCAUUGCUCUCUGCAUUUAAAGAAUUUCCGUAUAUUCUCUCACGCAACUGUCUUAUUCUCUCGUGCAUAUCAUCUACUAAGCUAUUUGACACCGUUGCGUCAAAACGUAGAAACUAAAUACGCUUUUUGCAAAGGCAAGGCCUUGUCUGCUAAGUCAGAUAGCUCAAUCGCUAACUUAGCCUGGGUUUACUCAGCGCCUCUAAUCUUAUUAACAGUGCACUUUUUGACUCAUUCAACGCUUGUUUUGUACCAUACCGCACAACAGAUGGGAGAUUUUAAUUAAAAGUUUGGAUAUUCAUUCAACGCACAGUCUAGUAAAAUCGUUGCCAAGCUUGCUGAUAUCUAUUGAGUUAAGGAAGAAAACAGAGCUUUCGGAUAAUUCCCACCUUGGGGAAAAAGACAAAUCUUAUGUGUUGGGCUGGUUUUAGCUGACCUUUGCUCGGUACCAAAUUAACAAAGCCCCUGGCAAGCUUCUGUGCGCUUCAAAACGGCAACCCGUACGGGACAAGCUGCAUGCAUUGAUACGUGAAGGACUUGUUUUAUAUUUUUGUACCAUAGUUCAGGAGCCAUUUAGGACAGGGUCACAUAUCUGCAUUAACCCCCUUAAUACAGUUUAGACAUGAGUAUUGAGAUUCCAGUCGGUCUGACGGAGCUGCUGCAAGGCUACACAGUGGAGGUGCUGCGCCAGAAGCCGCCAGAUCUGGUGGAAUUUGCCGUACAGUAUUUCACCCGUCUACGGGACACCAGGAGCCAGGACGGGUCUGGGGCCGCUGUCAAAACUGGGGGGAAGGGGGUGAUGUUUGAUGGCGAGCCGAUGCAGACGGAGUCGAAAAGCGACGAAGAUGACGAGGAUGAUGACUCAGAUUUUGAACCUCCUCCCCCCAGCAGAUUUAACCGGAGAGUGUCGGUGUGUGCGGAGGCCUUUAACCCUGAUGAUGAUGAAGAAGACUCUGAACCGAGAGUUGUCCAUCCAAAAACAGACGAGCAGCGUUGUAGAUUACAGGAGGCCUGUAAGGACAUACUGCUGUUCAAGGCUCUCGAUCAGGAGCAGUUUUCAGAGGUGCUGGAUGCCAUGUUUGAGGUUCUCGUGCAGCCACAGGAACACGUAAUUGACCAGGGAGAUGAUGGGGACAACUUUUAUGUAAUCGAGAGGGGUGUGUAUGAUAUUGUGGUACAGAAGGAUGGUGUGGGCUGCUGUGUGGGUCAGUAUGAUAAUAAGGGCAGUUUUGGAGAAUUAGCCCUCAUGUAUAACACUCCACGUGCUGCAACCAUCAUUGCUAAAGAUGAGGGAGCCCUCUGGGGACUGGACCGGGCAACGUUCCGUAGACUCGUUUUGAAGAACAAUGCGAAAAAGAGGAGGAUGUACGAAAUCUUCAUAGAGUCUGUCCCACUACUCAAAUCACUAGAGCUGUCAGAGAGAAUGAAGAUUGUUGACGUCUUGGGCAUAAAAUCAUUUCAGGAUGGAGAGCGAAUCAUUAUGCAGGGCGAUAAGGCUGAUUGCUUCUACAUUGUGGAAUCUGGAGAGGUGAAGAUUAUGAUGAAGAGUAAAACGAAAGCAGACAGGCAGGAUAACGCUGAGGUUGAGAUUGCUCGCUGCAGUAGAGGGCAGUAUUUUGGAGAACUUGCUCUUGUCACCAACAAACCACGAGCUGCUUCAGCCUACGCUAUAGGGGACAUCAAAUGCUUGGUGAUCGAUGUACAAGCCUUUGAGCGUUUGCUGGGACCCUGUAAAGAGAUCAUGAAGAGGAACAUUGCCCACUAUGAAGAGCAGCUGGUGGCUCUGUUUGGAUCCAGCAUGGACCUUAGGGACUGAGACAGACUGGCCGUGCCUUACACACACACAACACAGGUUAUACACACACAAAACAUUUUGUAGACACACAUUCCUUUUUAUGUGCACUCACACUCCAGCCAACACACUAAAUAUAUCUCACAAUAAACACACACACACACACACUCACCUACUGUCAUUUCGUCAGCUGCUCAGUAUGAAGUAGAAGCAUUACCAGCCCGAAUGUUAUGACCCUGAACCACCCACACCCUGGGGAGGACGUGCGGGCACACACACACAUACAUGUUUCACCAAAAAUCCCCAGCCAAGGACCCAUCCUUUUUCAUGGUCACUUGCAAUCACAACAAAGAAAAAAAAAGAGAUAAUAAAAUCUAUGUUUUAACAAGAAAAAAGUUGAUAUCUUUCAAUAAAAAAUUGCAAAAAAUUAAGGUUUUAGAGCAUUUUAUGACAAUGCAAAGCUUUGAUAAAAACUUUUAAAAAAUGUCCUUCCCUGAUGUUGGUACAUAAAAGUUUUCUCAC